AUGUCAAAUGUGUCACUUAACUCCAAACUAAGUGAUCUCCAAUCAGCAGAGUUAACCAGACAGAGGAGACAACUAGAGUUAGCUGAACUAAAGAGACAGGCUGUGGAAGAUGACAAGGUUGAUGAAGAAAUGAGGCUAUUAAAUGAUAAAGCAUAUUUGGCUCGUGUGGAAGCAGAGGAGGAAAUGCUGAAGGCUCGAAAGAGAGCAGAAGAGAUUGAACGUUUGGUGAUAAGACAGCGUGAGAAACGAAAUACGGAGCUGAGUAGACAACGCAGGGAUCCGUCAUAUGGGAUUCCACGGCCUACACUGCCUUUAUUCGAUAGUGAGAAGGAAAAAGACUUUGCUAUUCUCAAAAUGGCCCUGGAUAAUCUGGUCAAUGUCCAUACUCAUUUAACUGAACAGUACAAGUAUCAGUUGUUGCUUGAUAGACUGGGUGGAAGAGCUAAACGUUUAGCAGAGGCAUAUAUGUACGCACCACAGCCUUACUCUGAAGCCUUUGAAGCCCUCAAGAACAAGUAUGGUCAGCCUAGCCAGUUAGUUCAAGGAGAGCUUGGAGCAAUUUUGAGUAUGCCUUUCGUAAAGUUUGGAGAUAAUGAGGCAUUUGAGAACUUUGCCCUCGCUGUACAUUCCCUGGUUGGGAUGUUGAAGUCUCUCGAGGGUGACAGUUGUGCAGAGUUACAGUGUGGUUCUCAUGUGGACAGACUGUUAAGUAAGCUACCAAUGAGUUUAAGAGACAGUUUCAUCGAACAUUGUAUCAAGACGGGUGUGAUAGGGGAGCACUCAAGUCAAACCUAUACACUUUCUCAGUUUAGUCAUUGGCUUCAGAUUAAAUCUCAAGCUAGACGUCUAUCCGGUCAAGUCAGCUCAUCAUAUCAUAACGAUGGCAACAGACCAGACAGUGGUAACAAAGCCUUGAACAUUGGUCGAUUCAGACGAGUACAACCACGGAAAAGUGAACCAACAAUGAUGACCAGUUUCCAUACGCGAUCUGACUCACGAAACCCAAGUAUCCAUGCUCCUACACCCAGUACAAAGGGUAGGGAUGAAACAAAGGUGAUGACCAGGUUCAGGGCCUACUGCCCUUACUGCUCUUCCUCAGAACACUAUUUGAACUCUUGCAAGGAGUUUGAGAAACUCUCAUUGGACCAAGUUGUCAGUUGGAUGAAAGAAGGGAACCGGUGCUCGAAGUGUGCACGUACUCACAAAACGGUAGACUGUACACUCAGGAAAGUGUGCCACACCUGCCAAGAACUGCAUUUGACUGUCCUCCAUGAUGCAGUUAACAUGGUUAAAGCCCAAACUAACAAGGUAUAUUCAGUCAUAGCAGAGAAACCAGCGGUUUAUGUUGACCAACCCUCCAAACCAUGUUCUGUUAUGUUGAAAGUUGUGAAAGUUGUCCUCCAUGGUCCAGGUGGUCGGAUGGAAACAUAUGCUGUCCUGGAUGAUGGGUCACAGCGAACUAUGAUUUUGACAGCAACUGCGGAAAGGCUUAAACUCUGUGGUAGAACAGAUGAAAUCCUCCUGUCCACAAUUAGGCAUGAAUCUUACCAUUGUACCGGGAAGAGUGUCAACCUUUCCAUAUCACCAGGUGACUCUCCACAGAUUCAGUAUCCUAUAUCAAAUGCCUUCACAUCACCUUCACUCUGCCUCUCAGAAUACACCUAUCCAGUGAAGGAUUUGCAGGUUAGAUGGCCACAUUUGAGAGAUUAUCCCCUACCCUCAAUCUGCAAUGCACAGCCUGUGAUUUUGAUUGGUUCGGACUAUGCAGACCUGAUUCUCCCGCAGGAACCUGUGCGCUUUGGGCCCAAGGGAGCACCAGUCGCUGUACAUACGCGACUAGGCUGGUCUUUACAAGGCCAAGCAGACAUGCACUUAUCGCGGAUGUCACAGACAGCUGAGCAGUGUUUACUUACUUCCAGUGUUCACCGUGAUCCAGAACCUUGGAGUAAUGUUGAGAAACUGUGGCAGAUAGAUGCUGUUCCCAAUGGAACAAAGGAUGUGACCAGGUCAAAGCAGGACAAGCAAGCUUUAGAAACUUUAGAGACAUUCACAGAAAGAGUGGAGAUGUAUGAAGUAGUACGCUAUGCAACACCCCUGUUGAGGAUUAGAAAUGGAGUUUCACUUAAUGCCAGAGUAGAAUCUGUGACACAGAACCUCAUCCGCACAGAAAGGCGACUUCAGUCAAACCCUGAACUAGCUUACGUACACAAGGACGAGAUCCAGAAAUUGGUAGAUGCUGGUUAUGUGAAGAUGAUCAGCCCUGAAGAGGCUGAGAAAAGUGAUGAAUCUUGGUACAUUCCACAUCACAUUGUACAGCACAAUGGAAAGAAUCGUUUGGUGUUUAAUUGCUCGUACAACUAUGAAGGCAGAACCCUCAAUGAGAACUUACUUCCUGGGCCCCAACUUGGAUCAUCCUUGAUUGGAGUCUUACUGCGUUUCAGACAGCACAGCAUAGCUAUCUCCGGUGACAUAAAGGCCAUGUUCCACCAAGUGAGAUUACUGCCAAAGGACCGACCCUUACUACGAUUCAUCUGGCGCAACAUGGACCAGACGGUUCCACCAAACAUUUAUGAAUGGCAAGUGCUUCCAUUCGGCACUACUUGUAGCCCUUGCUGUGCAAUAUAUGCGCUGCAGACACAUGCACAUGGUCACAAGGAGGAAAACCCUGAUGUGUACAGAUCAGUCACCACAGCUUUCUAUGUAGACAACUGCUUAGACAGCGUUCCAACUGCAGCAGAAGCCAAAGAUUUAGUACAUGACAUGAGUGCUUUGCUGGAUAAAGGUGGCUUCCACCUCAGACAGUGGAUCAGCAACAUUCCCUUAGUCGUGGCUGAUCUACCUACAGAGGACAAGGCAGCCAAUUGUGAACGUUGGCUCAGUCUUGGCGAGACAGGACUUACGGAGGGAACCUUGGGACUCCAAUGGCGAGGUGACAGUGAUGUGCUUGGAUAUAGGAUCAAAGAGAUUAGCCAUGAUUGUCUCACCAUGAAAGUCAUAUAUCGAAUCUUGGCCAGCCAGUAUGACCCCUUAGGAUAUUUAACUCCUUUCACCGCAAGAGCGAAAGUCAUCGUCCAAGAUCUGUGGAAAUUGAAGAGAGAUUGGGAUGCACCUAUUGUGGAGGGAAGUGAAUAUGAGAAGUGGUGUUCAUGGGAAAAUGAGCUACCAGACAUGGAGAAGGUUAAUCUACCACGUUGUUACACACCUCAUCAUGUCGAUACUACAAAUUCAGUUCAACAGCUGCAUAUCUUCUCGGAUGCCUCAGAACGUGUGUAUGGUACAGUUGCCUCCCUUCGGACAGUGUAUCAGGGAACGGUUUACGUCAGCUUUGUACAAGCCAGAUCCAGAGUCGCUCCAAAACGACAACUUUCCAUACCUCGACUUGAACUAUCAGCAGCUCUAGUAGGAGCACAACUUGCAGACAUGCUGAUCAGAGAACUUACCUUACCAAUUGAAAGAGUCACCUUGUGGAGUGAUUCAACAACAGUGCUGUCUUGGCUGAAAUCUGAUUCAUGCAGAUAUAAAGUAUUUGUUGGAACCAGGGUUGCAGAGAUUCAAACUCUAACCAAUGUUGCGGACUGGCGGUACGUGAACACAAAAGACAACCCCGCUGAUGAUCUUACUAGAGGCAAGACCCUGGAGGAGCUUACAAAUUCUUCCGCUUGGAAGAAUGGUCCAUCCUUCCUUCUACGAUCACAAGAAGAGUGGCCACCUGACAUAGUGAUGAGUACCUCCAUCAAGGACACGAGUGGUGAAGUCAAGACUACCUUUUGCGCAAUGUCCAUGACUGAAAACUCAACGAUUCCAGAUGUGAGCAAGUACAGUACCUGGAUCCAGUGUGACUCCUUUCCUGAGGAACUCGGUGCCCUUCAGUCUCAUAAGAAGUUACCAACCGACAGUCGACUUGCUCAGUUGGAUCCUAUCUAUGAUACUGACAACAAUGUUAUCCGUGUUGGAGGGAGACUGCGGAAGGCAGAAUCUCUGAGUUGCGAUGCCAAACAUCCAGUGGUGUUGGAUCCUCAUCAUGAGAUCACUCAACUUAUAAUCAGAGACUUUGACGAAAGACUGUUGCACUACGGUGCUGAGCGAAUUUUGGCCGAAAUCCGGCGAAAGUUCUGGAUUCUGCGUGGCAGAGAAGCCAUACGUCAACAUCAGCGUAAAUGUGUCAAAUGCAGAAAGGGCCAAGCUCAACCUCAACUUCCCAAAAUGAGUGACUUGCCUUCUUCACGAUUACGUUUGUACAAACCUGCCUUUUACUCCACAGGAGUGGAUUGUUUCGGGCCGAUGGCAGUCAAGAUAGGACGGCGCACAGAGAAGAGGUGGGGAGUAAUCUUCAAGUGCAUGACAACACGUGCAGUACAUCUUGAUUUACUAGACAGUAUGAGUACAGAUGCCUUCCUGAUGGCGUUCCGGCGCUUUGUGGCUCGUCGUGGCAAGCCCCAUGAACUCCUCUCAGAUUGCGGCAGCAAUUUCAAGGGUGCAGAAAGAGAACUGAGAGAAACUUGGAUGACCAUGGAACAAAGUUUAACCAACCAACUAGCUGGAUGCAACGUGAAAUUCAAGUUUAAUCCCCCCUAUGCUCCUCACUUCGGUGGAGUAUGGGAGAGGGAAAUCAGGUCUGUCAAAAAUGGACUGAAGGUUGCAUUGGGUGAUCAGACAGUAUCAGAAUCUGUGCUCCAGACGGUGUUAAUUGAGGUUGAAGGAAUACUUAAUUCAAAGCCACUAGGCUAUGUGUCUACUGAUGCCAAGGAUGUUGACCCCAUAACUCCUAACAUUCUAUUGAUGGGACGUAGAGAUGCAUCCCUUCCACAGGUAGUGUACCCUGCUGAUGAGCUUCUUGGUCGGAAAGGGUGGCGCCACAGCCAAGUGUUAGCUGAUCAAUUCUGGAAACACUUCGUGAAAUAUUACCUACCAACCCUACAGGUUCGACAGAAGUGGCAAGGAGAUAAACCUGACCACAACAACUUGAUGUGCAAUGAUGUUGUCAUGAUUGCAGACCCUCAGACCGUUCGUUCCUUAUGGCGGGUAGGAAGAGUAAGCAGGGCUUACCCAGGUGAUGAUGGGAGGGUUCGAUCUGCAACAGUCUUUGUCGGAGACCAGGAAGUUACCAGACCGGUGACCAGACUCGUACGCUUACCGGAGUGUGCUGACAGUGAUGUAAAGUGA